AUGAAUUUGCUUCUUCAGCUGCUACCCAUAGUUGGGCCAUUAGCUCUACUUAUUGUCUUCUACCAUCUAUGGGUCUUCUUCACAAAGGGUACCCACAUUAAGAAGAGCAAGGCAGUAGUAGUGGCUUCACCAGAGCCACCAGGAGCAUGGCCCAUAAUCGGCCACCUCCUUCAACUAUCAACCCCUCAGCCCCUCUUCCGAACGCUCGCCGCCAUGGCUGAGAAGCAUGGACCCGCCUUCAUCGUCCGAUUCGGUGUUCAUCCAACACUAGUAAUCUCCAGCUGGGAAUUGGCCAAGGAGUGCUUCACUACCAACGAUAAGGCCCUUGCAAGCCGUCCAAGAAGUGCUUCUGGUAACUACUUGACCUAUAAUUAUGCAAUGUUUGGGUUCGCACCCUAUGGAUCCUAUUGGCGUGAGGUACGCAAGUUGGUGGUGCUUGAACUACUCUCCACCCGCAGACUUGAAUCUCUCAAGCACAUCAAAUAUGCAGAGAUCGAGCACUGUAUGAAGGACUUACAUGGGCUUUGUGUGAAGAAUAAAGGUAAUCAAAUCAAGGUUGAAAUGAAUAGAUUGUUUUGUGAUCUAACCAUGAAUAUUGUUCUUAAGAUGGUUGUUGGGAAGAGCUAUUUUAGAGUGGUUGAAGUGGGCGAGUGCAACCAAGAGGUUGACAGGAUCCAGAAGACUAUAAUUGACUUCUUUAGAUUCACUGGAGCCUCAGUUGCAUCAGAUGCUGUUCCUUUUCUUGGAUGGAUUGGUUUCAAAGGGGAGGAAAGGGCUAUGAAGAGGAUUGCCAAGGAGAUGGAUGUGAUUACUGAGAGAUGGCUCCAAGAACAUAGGGAGAAGAGACAAUAUUAUGCAGAGAAGAAGGAUGAACAAGACUUCAUGGAUGUGAUGUUGUCGAUGCUUGAAGAGGAUCCUCAGUUCCAUGGUCACCCCCGUGACACUGUUGUCAAGGCUACUUCUAUGGGUAUGAUAUUAGCUGCCACAGACACCACCGCAGUAUCCUUGUCAUGGGCUCUUUCCUUGCUACUGAACAACCAACAAGUGCUAAAGAAAGCUCAAGAUGAAAUAGAUAAGCUGGUCAACAAGGAUAGAAAUGUGGAUGAGAAAGAUAUUUGUAACCUUCCAUAUCUCCAUGCAGUAGUAAAGGAAACCUUUCGUCUAUACCCAGUGGCUCCACUCUUGAUACCUCAUGAAGCCAUAGAAGAUUGUAAUGUUGGUGGAUUUAGGAUCCGAUCAAGGACCCGAGUGCUCGUGAAUGUUUGGAAGAUACAUCGAGACCCCAACAUAUGGUCUAAGCCUUUGGAAUUCCAGCCAGAAAGAUUUCUAACAAACCAUGUAGAUGUGGAUGUAAGGGGUAAGAAUUUUGAGUUGAUUCCAUUCGGGUCGGGUAGGAGAUCAUGCCCGGGAAUCUCGUUUGCCCUUCAAACCAUGCACAUGAUGCUUGCCCGUUUGCUUCAUGGGUUCGAGUUGCAGAAACCUUUUGAUGAACCUGUGGACAUGACUGAAGAAGGUGGUCUAACCAUGCCCAAGAAAACUCCAUUGGAAGUUCUCCUCAGUCCUCGACUUCCUUCUCAUCUCUAUGAAUAGAAAGGUACAAGACAUGUAUCAAUAUAAAAUGGGCUAUAAGACCUAUAGCAGGUUCUUGGGCUCCCAUUUUUGUCAUAGAUCCAACUUUCAAGGAUUGUA